CUAUUUUCUCGAUUCAAAUCAACUCCCAAGGGAGUUAUUCCAGGCUUUCCGAUGGCUCCCUGACACGCGCAUCGGCAAUUUGGAAUAAAUCGGAAAAGUCGUCAAGCCAUACCAGACAUUACAUUAGUCUAAUAAACACCUUGACGAGAAGCGUUGAGCCCGGAUACAAGCACUCCACAGCAAAGCAUGGCGAAAACCGAUCGGCCGGCGGAAUUGUUCGGGGCAUGGGAGCGAGACAACAUCGGGUCAGUGUAUAUACAAAAAGCUUCGAAUCUAGCUAGCUUUUGUUUUUACUUUUUUCAGAGUUAACGGAUUGACUUUAUAGAACUCUCGUACCAUUAAAUGGCCUAGCUGAGUAGCUGUAAUUCUUUAAUCUCUGUAUAAUAGGGACCUGGCUACGCUGUUCCCAACAUCAAAAAUGAAUGGAUUCGACAAAGACAAGGAGUUAAGCGAUUUGCUCGACUUUAGUGCGGUAAGUAGCUUGCCUUCUUUGCAUCGAAUAUUCGCCGUUCGAUAUUUAUAGUCAAAUAUGAUAUAACGUUGAUUUCCGUAUGUAUAAGUGACUCGUCACAUUUUGAUCGCAGUGAUCAGUCAGCCGCGACUUCACCCUACAAAUGCCCAAAAAUAUAUUCAUGAUUAAGACGGUCGAUAGAAAGCUAGUUUUGUCGCAAUCUUUCGUCCUGACACCGAUUCAUAUGUAGCAAUUAACUGGAAAAAGUGGAAUUGGUAAACGUGGAACUGCCCGAGUAGUUCUAUAAAGCUUUUAUUGUAACCUUUUUAUUUCGUUCGUUUUGGUUCUAAUUUUAGUAGUUACAUUGAGAGUGAACUUUUAAUUUUAACCGAGCUUUCUUUUUUCGUGUGCUGAAUAGAUGUUCACACAACCGAAUGGAUCAAAAUUGAGCUCAAGCUCUACGGAGAACGGCCUUUCCAGUCCGCUUCAAACGCCGAGCCGUACAGGUAGUGAACAAUGGUUUAUAUUUGGUUAUGUUUGUAUUCAUCAAAAGAUUUUAUAUGUCACGGCCACCAGUCAAUAACCUGUCGUUCGUAGUUAAGCAUGGAUUUUUUGGGACCUCUGGAAAGAGUUUUGGGCUCGAAAGAUGGCAAUGCUCUGCGACUACGUAAGGGGCCGAGUAAAACUGUGAAACACUCUAGGAAUGUAGGGAAUCUUUACGAGCUAACUGAAUUCAUCUUUUUUUAUUGUCGUUUAGCGAAUCUCGAGGACGGUGGCCGCACGUGGGAAUCUAGUCCGACUUUAACUCCUGUCGGAGGGUUUGAAAAUCGAGUGAGUACAAUUCUAUAGUUUACUUUCCUGACAUCUAAGUACUAAAUCCCUCGCACGCGUCGGGCUUCCUUUCCUUUAAGCCUUCUUUAUUCAUUUAGUUCCGCUAACCACGUUUUGUAGACAAUAACAAACGCAUUAUUUCUGCUCGGGUCGAAGAAGCUCCUUUAUGCAUUUGUAAUUAUAGUUUACAACUUACACAUAAUAUUCGCCUUUAAACUAGCUUCCGUACUAUAAGAAAGUCGCGGGAAUGCUAUAAAAAUUAGGAAAAGGCGGACUUCAAUUUCAAGAGCUGAAUUUCCCGAAGUUAACUGUUGUUUAUGAAAGUUCUGCAUGGGCACACAUCAGCAUUAUACAUGUAUGAAAUUUAUUGAGCUUUAAAUUAAAUAGCUUAUUUCUGAAUAACUGUCUUCUGGAACUAUCUAUAAGAAAGCCUGUAAUGUUGUUAUUAAGAGUAAAAAGUUCUGAAGAGACGCAAUUUGUUUUCUUAGUCGGGAGUAGAUUGGGGAAGUUUAUAACUACAACAUCAAAGUACUGUAUGCAUGCAUGUAUGAUUCACAUUAAAUAAGCUACAGUAUGUAUUCAAAAGCUGACUUCGGUCUUAUUAUUGUACACAGACAUAGUAAACUAACCCGUUAGUACAUUCUUGGACUUGUUUUCUUGAGAUGAGCGGUGAAAGUAACUGUAUUCUACAAUUUUGUUUAGGGUUUCGGCUCAGAGAACCCGUUGGACCCUUUGGAAGACGAUUCAGACUACAUCGACUCAAGAAAGAGCUCUUAUCCUUUCACUAAUUCAACUUCAAUCGGCAGUGCAGGUUAGUUUAUUUCAACGGAAUACUUUUAUUUCCUUUACUAUCUUUAAAUUUAAACGAUACAAACUUAUACUAUCCUAAAAUUGUACAACUAGGAUUGAAUUGCUAAUAUAGCUGUCCUAUAGUUUAUACAAGCGUGCAAGCCCGUUUCGUAAAUGGUCUUGAAAGUUCAUCGCGGUCUAUUUCCCAAAUUAGACUAAAAGAAUCCUUCCUGGAUUUUUGUAUUUGGUAGUUGAGACGUUAACAGUUGACUAUAUUGGGACACUAUGAUAAUGCCUUAUCCAGGAUAUCAAACAGACGUGUUAAUCUUUUAAACGAUUCAUAUUAUAAGGUUUUACCUGUAUGUAUGCAAUCUUCUUCGAAAUAUGAGUCUUAAUUUUGGCUGGGUGAUGAAUCGCGAUUCGAGCCUAACUCUUCACGUUCUGUGAAUUUUUCCGCCUCUCUUCUAUGAAAUUGGGAGAUAUAAUUGCAACUUUAGAAACGGGAUAUGUUGUUUCUAUCCGGGCGUAUAUUAUUGUCGUUCCGUCCGAUGCAUUCGCUUCUUUGUUCUGUACAUUUUCGGCAUCGUUGCGCGUUCGCAAUCAACUAUACGGCCGCGUUCACAAAGUCGUUUCGCCUUCAGUUUUGUGAUCUUUCUUAAAUUGUAUUUGAGGCCUGAAGCGGCUUAUGAUCCUCACAAUUGCCGAUAUAUAUAUCUUCGUUCUUUUGCGAUUUGUCAGGCGUCGAAGUAGACUCAUAUAAUUGUCAUUAUUUUACUUCAGUUAUUAUGACUUUCGUAUACCCUGUCGUUUCUUCGCUGCAAAUCCGUCGCAUAUAUGGUUCGGUAGCCCGAUGUAGAUAGACCUCGAUAAAUUUUAGAGGAAAUAAGCUGAAUAUAUAGAACACAAUCUUCUUUACUUUGUAUUCAUAUACUUUGACCGUAUAUUAUAUAUAGCCGUUUGUAAUCGAAGAACAAUGUGCGCGCCAUGGCUUCGUUGCGAAACACUUGUCGAGCCAGGUUUAAUCGCAAGUGAAUCCAAACUGAACGGCAGUUGGAUUUUAAAUUGGGUUGGGGUCAUUUUAUUUAAGUAAUACAUCGCAAACAGGCGCUGCAACCUGUUUCUCUGUGCUAUAUCAGCUGUGCCUCAAAGCAGAUGGUCGGGAAUUUCUAUCAGGCAGUCACCGGCAAGACAAAGUUUGUCCGGCUGUUUUGGGGCAAGACGAUCUACUGCGUCUGGUUAAACAAUGAGAAAAUCAUACAAAUGUUGCUGAAUUUUUACGAAAUUAGCCGUGCGACGUGCAAGCUUACUGAAAUCGCCGGUCCAACAUGCGUUCAGUUCACCAGGGUAAAACGAAAUACGAAGGGGUAUUAAGCUGCCAAAGCCUUAUCAUGAAAGUGCUAAAAAAUUAAUAAACAAGAAAGACAUCUGCAGUGCACAAGGAAUAUAUUUAUCAAUCACCGAACAAGUGUUUUUGGGGCGUUCAGACGACAGGUGAAUUGACUAAAUCUCAUUGCAAGCUGAGCAGUUAAUAAACUGAAAGAUAUUUUUUGGUUUGUUCAAAUUUCGUUUAUUCUUUGAAGUCGUGAAGAAAUGUUGUCUACUAUAUUCUCCAAGCUUGGUUAUGUAAAUUUUGUGAACAAAAAUUUGCAUAUUUUGACUUGAAGAACAGCGACAGAAACCAAACGACGAGAAGCAAGCCGAGUUCAAAGAUGCUGUUGUGUAAGACUAAAACUGUAUUUAGGAUUGUAUGAAAGAUUUCAUGUUAAAACUUAACAAAAAUACACAGUACUACUCCAUAUUCUCUCAGCCAGUAUUUAUCGCUGAGUUUAAUUCAUAGUUUUUUAACUUUAGCAGUUUUAAAGCGAAAUUUGCAUAACGAUGUGCGCUUAAACUCGAAUAAAUCAACUAACUAAAACAUUGACUGAUGUUUAUAUAUAUAUAUAUAUAACGCCUAUAAUGUAUAUAUACGCGCAUAUAUAUAGUUAUUAUAUUUCUUAUAAAGAAAGUUUAUUUAUAUGUAUAAAAUUAAGGGAGUUUCUUGCAAUAUUUAUUCAGAUGUACAUGUAUAAACAAAUUAGUUUUCUAUACUUUUUUGUUUUCUGAACUUAAUCUUUUUUGAAUCUUGGCAUUGUAUUAAAUUGUUCAUUAUACACUAUUCAAAUUGGGUAUACACAUUUUGAUAUUUCACUUUUGGCAUUUUGCGCGAUAAUAUUAUAUUGCAAAGACAAAGUAGUACAUAUUGUAAAAUGUAGGAUUAUAUUAAAGCAAAUAGACAAAUUUUGUUUUCCAGUAACGAUAACGGUAAAACGACGUCCUGUAAGCCAUAGGGAACAAAAGGUGAUAUCAUCUAAUAUCUAUUUAGAACGAACGAGAUACGAAUUAUCCAAUCGUUAGCAACCCCGUAUAGCCGAGUAUAGUGUUUAGUAAUAUGCGCUUAUCGAAUUUUUGCAACCUGUUUUUUUUAUAAAAUCAGCUGUAUUUGAAAGCAGAUGGCUGCAUGCAGAACAUAUGAUUUUGUCAAUAUUUUAAUAUAAAUGCUGGCUGGUUCGCUAUCAAAGGUUGUCUGAUAAAAAGCUAUGCGUCGGUAUCUCUUAUGAUCAAAUCUUCCCCCAGAGAAAAAAGGUUUUCCUAUACUGACCAAUGUCUGUAAUGUCUAAACGUCUUCAGAUAUUUCAUUGAAAAUGAAUGAUUCUUAGUCGAAACACGGGAAACUUGCCACAUAAAUUAAAGUUGUGUAUAUCCAAAAAUGGUCCAUGUUUGAUGUUUUAUUCAAUGUUGACAAAAAUGUUUUUCGAAGAGUUUUCAUUUGAUAAUUUUGUGCAUAUCCUUCCAUAUCAAACUCAUGCACACGUUAAAAUGAGGCAUGAAGCAACGAUCUACAAAAGAAGUCAUUGUAUAUAGCUUUAAUAGGCAAUUAUAGAUUGAUGCCAUCUACAUACGUUUACAGAAAAAUUUGUAAAACUUACUGAAUUGCCGAUUUUCUCUUUCGCGUAUACCAUCUAAAAUCUCUUCAUUUUAGCAUAUUUUACAAAUAAAGCACUAAAAAUAUGCUGCCGGUUUAAGUUUGUUUGCCGAUUGCAUGAGAAAUAAACCUAUAUCAAAAUUUAAAACUUUGAAUGUAAUCAACCAAGUGGUAUAUUAUUCUAUACUACUAUAGUUAGUUGCGAGCGCGUGUUAUAGGCUAGUAACCGAUACAAAAAGUCUCUUCUUAAAUUAAAUUAAAUGUUCCUUCCGACAUUGUACAAAUUUCAAUGUACAAUUAAUGGGUUUUUUUAUAUUGAAUAUUAGUUCGCGGAUGUGCAAAGGAAAAAUAGUCAAAAAUCGUGACACUUCAAACUCUAUAUCAGUAUAUACUGAUUUAUGAAAUUUAUUUGAUUUUGGCAAAUCAUGCUUUUCAAAAUUCGCCGUAGUUCUGUUUUCUGCUCGAAUAUAUCCCGGCGUGAAUAUUAACUAACCGUUUUAAACAAAACCUCUACUGAAAUAGUUUUGUUUUGUGAAAGAUAUAAACCACUGGCAGCGAUUUCAAAACAAGCUAAAUGUUUAAUGAUAAAAUCGAAAGGCAGCUGUCUGGAGUACAGCAGAAGGCCUCCCGACAACAGGUUCUAUAUGUAGGGAAGGUUGCAAGCAAAUGCUUUAAUUUUUGCUCGUCUAAGACGGUAGGGGGAGCAGGUGGAAACGUUGUUUGUGCAGCGUAUGCUAAUCAGUUGACAGUUAACUGCAGCAGGUGAUAUUGGCGAAUUUUAAUAAUGCUUAAUCUAUAUGGGACGUGACGAAAAAACAAUAUUAAACUUUACACUAUUUACUUCGACUGCAAAAACUAUGGAAUACUUUUGUAAAAAAAAACCGGAGAUGAAAUGAAUUAUACUACUUUAAAGCUAUGAUACGGCCGGACUAAAUUGCCGUCACACUAAAAUUAUUGCUUAUUAUUAAUUGUUACAUUUCAAGUUUACAUUUAUAAGCAACUUAACUACAUUCUACAAUCAUGGCGAAAAUUUCGUGGACACUUAUAGCUGUAAACUAAAGUAUUACUGAUCAUGUAUACAUAUGUUGGCAUCUUUGGAUUACUUUUCAUAUCACCUCCAAAGCGAAGUGAUUUCGCGCCGCGGCACGUACCGGAUUAUAGUAGCGUAGUGUAAACAACUAAACAAGAGCCCAAUCCGGUACAGAAAUCGCGUCGCUCCGAUGCAAUCCGGUAUAGUGUAAUCGGGGCCUUUGUCUCCCCCGCUCCCCCCUGCAAUGUUGAUUGCGACAUUGUAUUUCACAAAGCUUUCACGUAGCCAAAUUGUAAGCUUUCAACAUUGACAAGGGGGAGAGGAAGCUGGAGAUUGCUGUUUGCAAGCCGACAUGAUUGGGCAAAACAAGUAUUUCUAUUUACGCAUGCGCAUAAAGAAAUUGAGGGCAAGCAAAGGUUGGUAUAUCAUGCAGUAAACGACUGGAACACUCUUAAUGAAGAGACUAGACAUUCAGACUCAAUUACUAAGUUCAAAAUGAACAGUUUUUUUAAAUUCACUAAUACUGAAUUAUAACAUUCAUAGCAUGCUUACGCACAAUCUCGUUCCCCGAGCCUGCGAUCGGGAAGGAACGCGAGGCUCUGGGAUAAUCCGUUGCCGGAAGCCAGGAAUCCUGGCUAAGAUUGAACUACGAAUUCCAUUUCAACGGACAAUCAGAUUCCUCCCUGAAACGGAUUAUACCAGAGCCUCGCGUUCCUUCCCGAGGAUCGCAGGCUCGGGGAACGAGAUUGGCUUACGCACUCUUUGAAUUGUAUUUAGUAUUUUUAUUGUUGUCGAUAGCUCAUAGCUCUUAGUCUUAGUCUCACUUGUAAUUUAAACACUAGGCAUACUUUUAUUGACUCUUAACCUUAUUGUAAUUUGAUGAAAUUAGUUUUUAUGACUCAUAUUUAUAUUUAUAUAUAGGACUUCUCUGAAAAUUAUUUUUCGUGAGGGAGUUUCCUAUUAAAAUAUUGUCAUAUGAUAAUAAUAAGCCCAGAACAGACAAGAAAUUUUCCUUGACAAAUUUUACUUGUUCGUGCAUACCGAAAAAAAUAACAAUUUUUCCUGGCAGUCAUGCCAAGUUUCGGACAAGGAAAAUUGUUUGUGCAGUACGUCAUUGCGCACUCGUCUUCGAAUGGCAUUGCCGUCUCAUUUGUUUUGAAAUUCGCUUUUGAAACGUGGUAUCGUUGACAGUUCCAGUUUUAAUUUCGUUGGAAGCAGCUUUGAACGAAAAAUCGAAAAUUAUAGUGAAAUUGAUUACGUACUUAAAUAGCGCGGGCUCGUAAAACUUGUCAAGGAAAAAUUGAUCGACAAAACUCGUUGCACACAAGAGGAAGUAAACUCGUCAAGGAAAACCAUAGAUAUCUAUGGUUGCGGAGCUUAAUUAAGAUUGUACAUCAUUUUAUCUGUACAAUCUUAUCAUUUUGUAUUAUCAUUUUAUUUGUACGAUAAAAUGAUAGACUGAGAAAUCUUUUCUAUUUAUUUAAUAAAUUACAUGCAAGAUUUAUUCGUAGAUUUGAAGGCGAUAGAGUAUCUCGCUGUUAACUUGACAGGUGUUAUGUAGCGAACUUUUUUGUUAACUUCAUCAAUAUAAAUGCUGUAAGCAGUAUAAGCCCCAUACAGACCAGCACGCAAAACCAUAGAAGUAUUUCUUGUGCACUUGUCAAGUUUUUCUUGGCGACCGUACACUACACACAGGGUCGCCGAGAGGUUGGCGGGGGCCCGGGGCAAAUAUUUUUUAGCCCAAAUUUUUACUUAGCCCAAAUUUUUACUUAGCCCAAAAAAACAGAUAUCUUGUCCUGCUCGUCCUUAGUUGCGGGCGUGCGCCUUUAUCGGGCUUGCAGUGCACGCGCUGAACUAUAUAUUACUGAUAUUUAAAUGUUGAUCUUAGUUAAAUUUGAUCUACAUAGAGGAGCCUGUGGAGGAGGCAGUAUCUUGUCCUUUGCGCGGAAAUAUUUAACACACAAAAAAGACUGGGGCCCAACAAAAAUUUUUCAGGGGCCCCCAGCACCUCGGGGCCCGGGGCAAUUUGCCCCCUCUGCCCCCCCCCCCCUCUCUGCGGCCCUGACUACACACGAACAAACUUUUCUUGUCCAAAAGCUGGCAUGACUAGUUUUGGAACCAGUUUUAUCGGACACACCAGCAAAUACCGUAAACCAGUCCGAUUAUAAGCCCCCCCCGAACAUAAGCCUCCUCCGAAUAUAAGCCCCCCCAAAUAUAAGCCCACCACAUAUACUAACGCUCACCUCAUUCCAAAUAUAAGCCCCCCCCCCUCCGAAUAUAAGCCCACCCGAAUAUAAGCCCCCCAAAUAUAAGUCUCCCGAAAUAUAUGAGCCCAGUAGCCCACUACGCUAUUCAACAUUGACAUUGUCUUUUAAUAUAGCAGAGAAUGAUAUUUAAAAACAUUGUCAUUGUCUUUAUGGCUUACUAUGUUAAUCAAAGCGCGUUAUUAAUACAUGUGUAUUUUCCUGUUUAUGACCGGCUUGUUUAUGUCUGACUUUUUUAUUACUAACACAAAAGAUCGUCCAUGUAUUAGUCCCCCCGUAUAUAAGCCCCCUUUUGUAUAAGCCCUUCAAAAAUCGCUUACGAAAGUAUUAAAAGCCCAGGGCUUAUAGUCGGAGGUUUACGGUAAAACCUUUCAAGGAAGACUUGUCCGAGGAAAACCUGUCACUCCUAUAAUUUUAUUUUUUGUAGUUGCGAAAGACGUUGUAUUAAAGCUUCGGAUACACGAGCAAUAUUUGUGCGGCGAUGAUUACGCAAUGGUCGAUAACAGUACUGCGUUGCCGUCGCACAAUGUUACACCUGCGAUAUUUCACCUGCAAUAUUUCACCUGCAAUAUACGUCCGUUUAUAACGCUUUUCAUUGGCUGGUCAAGAAACGUGCCAAUCAUCAACCUUGACCUUCUUUGACCACACCAAUUUUGAGCAAUCACUGCCAAAAAUCAUUAAAUGAUUUGAAAUUUCGGCAAUGAUUGCGCGCCCCCCUCUCGCGACGGCAAUCGGCAACGAUGCAUCAUAUAUAAAUGUACAUUCGAUAAAACAAUGAUUUUGCGCACGCGCGCACGAUUUCAAAAUGUCUGCUGCUAAGCCAAUAAGACGUUACAUGUGCAUGUUUGGCAGGUACCCUACUGUUUUUUUGACAAGAUAUUUUUUCACAAUUGGUAUAGAAAGCAAAUAGCAUAACAGUAUCUGAGUUAUGAGAAAAUAUACUACGUGGAGAGCACGGAGUUUUUGUUAAAAAUUACGUCGCAUGUUGCUAUGGUAAUCAUGACGUUCCAAUCGACGUAUUGUUCGGUGAAAUUUCUUACGUUUUGUAGUUUAGAAAUAUGUGCUUGGGCCGGCUUUGUUUCGCUUAUAGAUAUCCCUGACGAAAACUGAGAAACAGGCGAACCUGAUGGUGACCGCCCACCCAAUGCAGGUCCAAGUACCACGGUUUAAAGGGUGUUAUUGAUCUUGUAAUAAAAACAAGAGAACUGAACAUGUCAACAAAUAGAAAAUGAAAAAGAGGAAAUCAGUGCGAGUAAUAAAUGCACUUAACUAGGUUUUUGCCAGAAAUACAGGAAAAUGGUUCAAGAUGGUCAACCUCAUAAUUAAGUGAUUAGAGAAAAACCUCUUAAGUUUAUGUUUAUAUGCAGAAGGGGAAUAAUCAUUAAACACGUUGGUUUGUUUGCUCACUUUAAUUAUAAUUGAGUCGGCAAAGUCGUGUUCAUCUCACUACCAUUGUCAGGUAUUUGAUUACUAGUAGCAAUCGACUGCACAAGAGAUUGCAGAACAGUGAUAUUCAUGCUUCAUAUCUUUAAGUUUGGUUUGGCUCAACACAAUCCACGUUUAAGUUUGGUUUGGCUCAAAUCAAUCCCACGAACGUCUGCGACCCCACCACCGUUCACUUUCAAAAGUUGUUGAGGCACCUGGCUAUAUGGUUAUAUAUAAAUCAUUAGUCGACCAAUGCAACUUAUCUCCCUCCCCAAUCAAUGUUGUAAUUUUCCCAAUCCAGACACUAUAGCAGACUCUAUAGCACUGUAGCACAUCCAAAUAAGAUAGUAAUUGGGACGCAACAUUGAAAAGGGGGCGGCGGGGGAUCGAAUUUUGUAAAAUUAUAGGUUUUUGGAGUAUCUGUCCAAAUACAAUAGGAAACUUUAGAUUCGCUACGGCUACGAAAUCUGGUACGAGUACCGAGAUUUUUUCCGUUAAAUAUCUGCUACUACAGACUUUCUAUCGUCCUAGCUUUUUUUUGCAUACCACAUCUUUAUAGCAACAGUUGCGCCAAACCACAUAUUAUACGUUUUUAGUAGCUGAUAUUUAAUGGAAAAAUCUCGUAGUCGUACUAGAUUUCGUAGCCGUAGCGAAUCAGUAAACGUCAUGUUACACGGUGCAAUUUUUCUUGCAACUUGCAAUGCAAUUCUACUCGUGAGAGAUGUAAAAUUGCCAAAUACGAGUCUUCAUUACACUCCGCUGAUGUUUUCUCAACAUAUUGAAAAUUCUUCACUGAUUUCACUAAUUAACAUCUCUCAAGAGUAGAAUUGCAUUGCAAGUUGCAAGAAAAAUUGCACCGUAUAACAUGGCCUUAAAGUUCCCUAUUGACGUUGAUAGGAGUGGGCUAGAAAUGGGAAUUUUUGAUGCCACAGUUCGAUCAGAUCCGGAAUAACAUUAUAUAGAUACCAAGUUCAUUGAAAAAAUACAGCGUAAAUCAAAUUUUAGAAAUCAGUCGAAUAUGAUGUGGGCGAACGCAUAAAAAAUUCGUUCCCGUUCACGCCCACAAUCAUUGACAACCACGCCUACAUACUUUUUGCGUGUUUUAUACAAUUCUAAUUUAAACAGCCAAUCAACCAAUCUCGUACACAGAGAAUGCCCGUUCGCAGGUUAAGGCCAACCCUGACCUGCAAACGGGCAUGCUCGGGGCACGAGAUUGCCAAUUAACUUUUUAUUGUAAUUGUUACUAGAAGCUGAUUGGCUGUUUAAAAUUAGAAUUGUGAACGUGCCAAAAGUAUACAGGCGUGGUCGUUUAACGUUUGUGGGUGUUUUUCUCAAGCGUUCGUGUUAUAUACCGCGGGGGUAAAUACCAGAAUUACCCUAAUUAACAAUUAGUCACCGAAGGUGAGGUGAUUACAAGCCUAUAUUCACUGGCAGCGAAGUGAAUAUAGUCUUGUGAUCACCGAGCCUGAGGUGACAAUUGUUUUAGUAUAAAUUCAGUAUUGAAAAAUAAUAAUAUGGGCAAACGUUGUAAAUAUAUAUAAUUUACUCCAUUCUUCCGCAACCGAUUCUGCUAUUUGGCCGGUUUUAAAUUGCCAAAUAAAUUGCAUUAGGCAUCUAAAAGGUACUUUUGUCUUUCGGAAAUACAUUAACACCAUAUACUGUUGCUUCUUUUGCUUCUAGAGGAGUAGUGUGUUCUUUAAUUUUUUCAAUUUUUUUCUUCGAUGAUUUGUUUGCAAGUCGAUUUCCGGCAGCCAUUUUGUUUUGAGAGUAAUGCACACGAGCUAGAGAGACUUCUUGAGCUAACCGCCUCAAGUGGCAGCUAGCUCAGGCUAUGUAUUUUCACCGCACACGUUGGGAAAACUACCCAACAACAAACAUAAUUGACAAAAUCUUUUGCAUUUUCCUCCAUUUUAUUCAAAGUCACAUGAAGAAACUAUGGUUUCUCAUUGGCUCAUUGAUUCAAGCAGCUCAGCACUAAGCUCCCCAACAUCCGCAGACGCUGAGAUUUUUUCCUCGCGUGGUGAAAAGUAUCAAACACGAUAGAUAUUUUCCUCAAAGCCUCGAGAGGUCAAAUCUUCACGAAAACUAUCCGCACACGAGAGAAACUUGCUGAGCUAGCUGCCACGCGAGGCGGGUUAGCUCAGCAAGUUGCUCUCGUGUGCGGUGGGCUUUAGCAGUAACUAGAGACCUUAAGAUUGACGUUUACGGCAAACGUCAAACCGCUAGCGAAGUUUUUGAUUUUACAACUCUAUUAUAAUAGCUUUUACACCAGUUUUGAAAUAUGUUAAACUUAUUAAACUUGUGCUCUUUAGCAAUGAUUUAAGAAAGAAAAUUAACCACUAGUCAUGCCAUUCACCAAAGCAGUAAAUUAAGACUUGGCGUUUGAAGUUGACGUUUGGCGUAUAAAUUUCAUGCUUUAACGACUACAAGCCCUCGUAGCAGUUCAAGCAUAAAAUUUAUACGCCAAACGUCAACUUCAAACGCCAAAUCUCAAUUUACUGCUUUAGUGAAUGGCAUGACUAGUGGUUAAUUUGCUUUCUUAAGUCAUUGCUAAAGAGCACAAGUUUAAUAAGUUUAACACAUUUCAAAACUGGUGUAAAAGCUAUUAUAAUAGAGUUGUAAAAUCAAAAACCUCGCUAGCGGUUUGACGACGUUUGCCGUAAACGUCAAUCUUAAGGUCUCUACUAUUGCCUCAGUGUUACUGCUGAGGGAGCCAAUCAGAACGCUUGAAAGCCAUUUUUCAAUAGUGCAUUUAUACUAAUCCUCGUUAGUUCUAAAAAACUUUGUAGCAUUUACAUUCGAGAUUCCCAUCUACAAAAAUUAUUUUCUGUAUUAGAAAUCUAUAGUAUUUGUUCUUCAAUUAGGGGCCAUUCAAUAUGGCUGCCGGUCUCAAAAGAUGACGUACUUCCGGCUUCAAUGCUUAAUUAACAAUGGCAAAACAAUGGCGUUUCCGGCCCAUACCUCUUGAUUGUCUGCGGCAAAUGUAUGAUUCCAUUCUUUUGUUCUUUGUAGGUUUCGGAGAUUCGCCGAACGGCCCUGUAAGUAUUCUAAUGUUGUAAAAUACACUAAAAUUUUAGCCAAAAUUUUUCCAUGAAAGUUGUUGUUUUUCCGGCUAUACCUUAGACUUGGUUCAAGUCCGCCUCAGGAAAAAAGUAGGGAGAGACGGACUUGGGACCUUUGCAGCAUUUCGAAUGUUACUUGCAAAAAUUGGCUCGAAAAUUUGUUGUUGUUGUCAACUCGCAGGAAAAAUUCGACGGUAAAUUUUGGCGCGCUUGUAAAUGUCCCAAAUCUCUCCCUACUUGUCUCUCAUAUUUUCGCGCCUUUUUUCACCGCUCGCGCGCAUCGCUAUUUUCAACCCCUUGAAAGACGGACUUGAACCAAGUCUAGCUAUACCUGCACGUUCGUUUGUUUGUUCGUUAAUUUUUUGUUUAUUUUUUUGUCUAUCAUUAUCUUACCAUAAUUAUAUUACCAAAACCGCGCAUACUUCCUGUCGCUCGAAAAAGUGUGUCUUGUUUUCGUGUGAAAACAGUCUUGUUUUCGUGUGAAAACAUUCAGCAAUGGCCAAUGGGACUACAUUCCUAAGCCUAUUACUAAAACGUAUUAAACAUCCUCGUACCCAGGAUCUUUUUGGUGGCCGUGCACCGAGCAUAAGAGAAAAUAGCCUGGGUACGAGGUUGAGUAUUAAUAGCUCAUUUCAACUCAAUUUUCCGCAGACCAAUCAGAUGUCACCAUUUCGUGAGGUUAGGAAUAUAGUCCUGAAUGUUUUGACACGAAAUCAUAACACGUCUUUUUGGGCGAGGGGAAGGAUACGGCUUUGCUUUGGCAACAUCAUAAUUCCUUGUGCUUAUCCAUAUAUAGUGAUAAUUUUGCAUAAUUGACUGAUAUUGUUAUACUUGAUUAAUGUUAUCGUCAUAAUUAUAUAUAAACGUAGUUAUUCGUGAUUUCCGCGUUUGCAUUAUUAUGACGUGCAUAAUUUUGGCAGAAAACGAAAAGGUUUAUUUGGCAGAAAAUGCACCAAAAGUUCCCGCCAAAACCAACAGCACUCUUAGAUCGAUUAUGAUUGGUUAAACACUGUAAUAAAGCCAUUUGAUUGGUUUGCUACAUGUGCCAACAAGUGUAUGGAAAAUGGUAUCCCAUAUGCAAUAGGAAUUAGGAAAAGCGCUAAGCAAGUAAUAUUAACCUUAUACUGAUUAAGUUGUCUUUCCACUCUUUCGAGUAGAAAUUUAAUACAAACUUUACUAGAAUAAGGUAUAUACUGGAAAUUUUUAACGAACCGUUUGUAUAAGGCUGCAAAGUAUAUGCUGAAAAUUUUUAACGAAUCGUGUGUGUCAAGGCUCUUAGCCUGCAGUUUUACAUCGAUCAAGCAAAGAGGGGUUCUAAUUAAACAUGACAGCUUUGAAACAAUAGAUAGUUUAUGGCCCGAACUACAUGUUUGUCUGUUUGCCUUGUGAUGGCACCCAGCGCUGUUCAAAUCUAGUAGCUAAGAGUGGGAAGCUGAUAGAACAUGUGAACGUUUUUCAUCUGCGUUUAUGGGAUGACUCGUCGAAUGGUAAUAUUAUCAUAGCAUAUUGUAUUAGAAAUUUCAUUAUCAGAUUCUUUCUGGAAUUUUCGGCAGCGUCUAGUCUAUUCUGGAAACAUCUGUUUGAAGCUAUAAAAGGGGUCACGAGAAAUUUGGUUUACGAUGCAUGGGAACAAUUUAAUUUGAUAAUUUGACGCGCACGUUACGGUGCAAUGAAAAACUAGCAUUUAACGCGUUUGGGUUAGGUUUUAUUGAUCAUGCGUAUCCCUGGUUUCUUUUCGUAAGAACGACAUACUUAUGUGCACAUAUUGCUAGUGAUAAUUUUGCGCCAAUUUAUGUAUCCAAAAAUAAAAGACUGAAAUAUAAUAUUCUGGUGUAGUGCAUAAAACUUAAUUAAAAGGGAAAAAGUUUGUCUACAAUACUGAUUGGUGGAAUUUUAUGUAUAGAACGUGUAAAACGAUAGUAAAAUUAUCCUUAUAAGCAUUGGAUCAGGCCGUGCCCUGAGGUGUUUAUCAUUUUGACCAUUUCAUUAUAUAGCUUGUUUUAAUUGUGGCCUGUAAUACAAUUAGACCAAUAGAAAAUUCACUCGUGGCUCUCUCGUAGGGCUUUGAUGCCCGAGUUUCAGAUCUAGGGUUAGAAUUCUAAGCGCUGUAAACGACUAUGAUAGAAUAGGAUUUGCAAAGUGACGAUUUAGAGUGGGCAUUAGACCAAUAAAAAAUUCACUCGUGUGGCUCUCUCAUAGGACUUUGAUGCCCGAGUUUGAGAUCUAUGGUUACUAAUUCGAAGCGCUGUAUAAACGACUAUGAUAGAAUAUAAUUUGCAAAGUGCCGAUUUACAGUAGAUGCAGUAUUCUUAGUUUUAAAGUACCAAUGCAGUAAAGUGUCUGUUAUAAUUUAGUAUACAUACGAUACUUCGGAUACUUACCGGAAAGGGUAAAGAAAAUUCGACCAUUCGAGCGAAGACAUUUUGUCUGCAAGUUAGUAUUAUAGUCUAUAACUUAUAAUGCAUUCGAAAAGUCAAAGUUUUCUUAAUCCCUUUUCGGUAUAGCUACACCAAAACGACGACACUUCAUUGUCACUUGUUCUAUUUAAACAGUUGCCGGCUGUCUCUCUGAAGAAAAAAAUAUUUUGCCAUUUCUUUAUUAGGCUGGCCUGCCACCUCCAUUGCAAAGCCAGCAAGAUGUUUCACUGGGAACCAGUCCAUCAGAUUGUAAGUUAUCGUUGCUUUAUUAUUUUUUAUUCGUCGUUUUUCUAAGUAAUAAAGUGUCGUAUAUAUAGUUUGUCAGUGUGUAAAUUGCCUGAGAAAAUUAAACCAUGACAACGCUUCGAGCGAAAAAGCUAUUUGUCAGGUAGUCUGUGGAGACUUAGCCUAACUCCCCCUAUUCAGCGAAUCUUUUUCCGGUAUAUAGUUCAUAGACAAACCACGGCAACUUUUUGUAGAUUAUUAAGUACUUAUAUUAUCGGUGGGUCCGUAUAUAGGCCUUUUCAGGUUACUGAAAAAUGAGAGCUGGCAUGUAAAGAUAGCAGCGCGUACGUGCGUCUUUUAUUACUUUUCCUUGAAACAUAUGAACGAAAUAUGGUUUUCUGAGAACUGGGUGACUGCCGUCAUUGCAGUUUUCACCAGAAUGAAAAACAAAGCAUCCAUUUUGCUAGAAACGAAUUUAUGGUAAAAAAAUAUUAUAGAAUAAUGGCCGGAAAACUGCAAACUAAAACAAGAUUGCUAUUAUAUUUUUCGUCAAUAUAUUUUUCACUUGCACGUAUAUUAAGAGCUGCUUUUAUUAAAGUUACAUCACUUAUUACAGGUACUUGAACUGUUUUAUAAAAAGUUAAUUACGAAGCAAAAUGUGUCAGCAAAACUAGCUAAGAUAUGAUUAAUUAAAUUUAAGCAAAUGACGAAAUGAAAUGGUAAAAUCUGUUUAUGUGACUCGUCGUGCCAACUUAUUUUCAAAAGUCUUCCCCUUCACGCUGCGAAGAUUAAACAGCACAAAAGAUGACUUUGUUUUAUAAUUAUAUAAAAGACAUCAUAGUGACAAUGGAUUAUUUUUCGUACUCUGUUUUACCCAACGCAUUUUGUGAGCUUUUGGGGAUACAAUUAAGUCGAAAUUCAAUUCAUAAGGACUUUGAAUUGUUGCUCUUCGCAAACUAGAAGCUAUUUUUCGAAUUUUUUAAGCAGUUUUAAGACUUGAAAUGUUCAAAGUGGGACGGGUAGGCUCACCAGGAGCCUUGCAGGGAUGUACCGUUCGUUAGAGUCGAAGACAAAGAGAAAGUAAAGACUGACCAAUCCUAUUAUUUGUCCACAAUCUAGAACAUUCGAUUUUGUUUAUCAACAAUUGACAGCCAUUACUGAUAAGCAUUAGUGAUAAAUACAGGAACCAUAGGUAGCACAGUUUGAUCUCUAUGACCUUGCAGUUUGCAUGGUAUGACUCAUAAAGAAAUUGUUUCCGAAUAGCUUUGAAAUUAAAAUAAUAUUUAUCUUUUCCUGCACAUAGUUCGCCAUGCAGUAUUUUAGCUUGAUUGCUUCGUGAACCAUUGCUAUUUGAUACGAUAGAACAAUUCGGAAUGAAACCUUCAUUAGCGUACAAGGUUGCAUCUUAGCGAAAACUGUAGUUGGUCCAUUAUAUAUUGGUACAAAAUGACAUGCAUCAUAGCAAGUUGCCAGUUUCUUCUUCGCCUCGCCCGUUUUUAGGUGUUCCGCGGCGGGCUGACCGUCUGCCAUGCAGGCUACCAGUUUCUAGACUCAGUGCGCGAUUAUGCCGAUUUUUGACUCACGCGUGUGGUUACUUGAGUGCGUCGUGGUGAGUGUGGGACAGUUAAACACAGGGAUGGAUUUACACGGGGGGUGGUUGCACAACCCCCCUAGCCAUGGCCAGGGGGGUGCUAUUUUUCAUGAUAAAGCAAAAAAUUAUUAGAGACAAAAUGAGAUUCAGUAAUUUGAGUAAUAACAUGAUGAUAAGCGAACUGUGAACAACAAUUACAAUUAAAAUACUGUAGUCAAGCAAGACUUGGCAAUAGUGGAGCAAGUUGAUGGACGGGUAAAGUCACUGGAAAGCAAUUGCAACGUACUCGUCCGGAAAAUUUUUUUUUCCUAAAAAGUUGUCGACGGGGGGGGGGGAGAUCGCUGCUCUCCGAAAAAAAAUUUGCACCCCCCUACCAGAUCAUGCUGGAUCCAUCCCUGGUUAAACAAUGGGAAAUGACCAGCCUGCUUUGCGCGCACUGUUUGCCUGCGAAUCGAGCCUUUCAGAACCGGAAAUCGGGCUGGAGCACGCGUUCGUUCUUUUCUGAUUCGGCAAAACUGAAGCACGACAAAUGGGUGAAAUGGCAAAAUUCGCCGACGGUGCCCGGUUUGCAAAAACAACUGUAAAUUGCUUUAACUCUUUCUGUCACUUUCAUCAGUUGAUCUUAUCCGUGAGUCAGCCUCAACCGCCUUUGAUUUAUUAUUACCGUCUCUAAUCUCAAAACAACCAGGAGUCAACUCGUGUAUGUCACUGCAUUUUUAUUGAUUUGUUCAUAACAGUGAAAUUUUAUAUUAUUAAAUAGGGCGAAGGAAGAAAUAUAAAAAUUCGAGCAAGAAUGAUGGAUCUCUUUUAUCGACGGUA